AUGGGGAAGAAGGAGAAUGCUCACAAAACGCUUGAGGAACAUUUCGGGGAGAGGCGUGUGGAAGAGAUGGGGAAAUGGGUGAGGAAGGAGUUCCGAGUGAGUGGGAGCAGUUGGGACACGAGUUCGGUGGAUAUUGCUGUUUCGGGUCUCGGUUGGUUCGCGGUAGGACUCAAAGGAGACGCGGUUUUAGGCGUAUGGACUCACGAAGGGAUCGAUGUAGUCGUCCGUGACUCAUUGCUCCCACAACGAGCACUCACUUUUGAAGAGGACUCUGGCUUCACCGUCUCCAAGAUCGUUGCCGAAGCUGAUAGAGCUUUUAACCAAAACAGUUGCAAUGCUGAUGUCGAAGCCACGAUGAACUUCCGACCGCUUCUGGUUUCCUCUCAUCUUUUGAAGAUCACUGCUCCGGCUAGGCUCUGGAGGACCUGUACUUUUCCGGCGCCGGUGGCCCCUGUUUCUGCUGAGAAGCCGAAGAGACGUUUUUCUUCUUCACCUGAACCUCUUGGUGGUGCAAUUGGAAGGACUACAAUCUCCGACAUUGCUGCUAUGGUCUCUCCCGCCGUCGUCCAUAUCCACGUUCCGCAAGACAUUUACGGUGGUCCUGAUGAAUCCAACGGUAGCGGGAUGUGCAUCGACAACGUGGGCACUAUACUAACCUGUGCCCACGUUGUUCUCAACCCUAAGAAACCUAUUACAAACUCAAUGGUGAAGAAGGCUUAUGUUACCUUUCCACAUGGUAGACAAAUAGAGGGUACCGUGAAGAAAUAUGACACUGAUUUGGAUAUUGCUAUAGUGAAGCUCAGCAAGCCUUCACAAGAAUACUCUAAUAUUGUGAUCGGUACAUCAAGCAGUGUUCGUCAGGGAGACUUCACAGUAGGUUUCCGCUUCUUUUGGUAUUAUGAGGGUAGCUCAGGUGGUCCAUUCGUUGACCUCGAUGGAAAAGUUGUGGGAAUCUAUUUCUGGAGUCGUCAUAAUCACCAUAACCUGCCUGAAGUCGGCUGUGGUUUUGUGAUUCCUAUUGAUUACGCCAAAGCAUUCAUUCGUAGUUACUACCGUAGACAUGAUAGGAGGAAUGCUUUUUUUCUUGAACAACAAUAG